AUGCACGUGGCCCUGAGCGCCGCGGCCGCCUGCCUGCGAGGCACCGUCUUCCGCCUGUGCACCUCCCCCGCCCACGCGCCCGCCGCCGCCUUCGGCCGCGACUCCAGCGCAGACGCCCUCACCGCCGCGCAGAGCACUCAGCAGUCGGGCCCCGGCCCCAGCCCGGGCUCCUCCUCUUCCUGCGAAGACAGUUGCAAGCCGCCGCUGCGCAACUGCUUCCGUCUUGUGCUGCUGGGCUCCUCCCGUGUGGGCAAGACGUCCAUUGUAGCUAGGUUUCUCAAUAGCAAAUUUGAUGACUCCUAUACUCCCACCAUCGAAGAUUUUCAUCGUAAAUUGUAUCGCAUACGAGGUGAAGUAUACCAACUGGACAUUUUGGAUACAUCGGGUAAUCAUCCCUUCCCAGCAAUGCGUCGUUUAUCGUUUUUGACUGGCGACUUGUUCGUGCUGGUGUUCAGCCUGGACAGCCGCGAGUCGUUCGAGGAGGCGGUGCGACUGCGCGAGCAGAUCCUGGAGACGAAGCUGAGCGCGUGUGCGUCGGCCAACGGCACGGGCAGCGGGCGGCGCAAGGCGGCGGUGCCCCGCGUGCCCAUGGUGCUCGUUGGCAACAAGAGCGACAAGGAGAUGAGGACGGUGUCGACGGACGAGGCGAUGGCGUACGUGGACUCUCAGGACGACGCGUGCGUGUUCGUGGAGACGUCGGCGAAGCGCAACCUGCGCAUCGACGACCUCUUCUACGAGCUGUUUGUAGUAGCCGGGCUGCCCCUGGAGAUGGCGCCCAACACACAAGCGCCUGCACCCAGCGUUCGGCAGCCCUGCACGCUGCCCACCGUCCACGCCGGCCACAAGUCCAAGAAGUGCACGCUGUCCAUCAAGCGGCGGCUGAGCGACGCGUGCGGCGUCGUGGCACCACCGUGCGCCGCCCACGCAUCCGCACCGACUCAUGAUCAUGCGCACCAAGAGUGCUCGCUGGGCAGCAGCGGCGGAGGCGGCGUGGGAGGUGGCGCGGGCGCGCGGGCGCGCGGCCGUUCUGCGGCGUGCGUGCGCUGCUCCGCGGCUGCCGCCCAAGCCGUGCCCGCCCACGCGCCGCCCCCGCCACCUGCGCUCUGGGGGCGGCGGGGCCCUACGGCACCCAGCGACGAGGCCGGGCGCUGCGUGGUGCAGUGA